AAUGCCUGCCCGGGGGAAUAUGUGCCUGUGCCUGUGCCCGUGCAGAGACAGGUGUGCACGCGUGCAGGAUGCACAAGGAGACCUCGCACACACACACUCACGCACAGCCACGAGCAGAUGGCCCCAGAGACCGCCCGCAGGGUGUGCAGCGGCCAGGGCCGCAACCACUCCUUUCAGUGGCUACUCCCCGCUCCGCCCAGCGCGCCCCCGCCGCCCGCCGCAGUCCGCGUACUCCCAGCCGGUCAGCCCUCGGCUCGUCCCGGGCUCCGCGCAUCUCUGCAUCUCUCCGAGGGCUCGGCUCGCGGGAACGAGCAGGGGAGGGGACGGCCGCCGGCGCCCGAGGGCCCGAGGAGUCGCUCUCCGCAGCGGGCAGCUGGGGCCCUAGCUGCGGCAGCGGCUGCCUGUGGCGCCCGCGCGGGGUGGCCGAGAGCGGUGGGGCGGGAGCUCGCAGGCAGCAUGGCGGGGCUGCGGGCCAGGCUGGGCUCGGGGCUCGGGUUGCUGGCGCUGUCCACGCUGGGCCUCUGCCUAAUGCUGCAAGUCGGCGCCAAGAGGCCCCCCAAGACGCCCCCGUGCCCGCCCAGCUGCUCCUGCACCAGGGACACCGCCUUCUGCGUGGACUCUAAGGCAGUGCCCAGGAACCUGCCCUCCGAGGUCAUCUCUCUGACGCUGGUGAAUGCUGCCUUUUCAGAGAUCCACGAUGGAGCAUUUUCCCACCUGCCACUGCUGCAGUUCCUGUUACUCAAUUCCAACAAGUUUACACUGAUUGGAGACAAUGCCUUCACAGGACUGUCUCACCUGCAGUACCUCUUCAUUGAGAACAAUGACAUCUGGGCACUUUCCAAGUUUACCUUCAGAGGACUCAAGUCUUUGACACACCUCUCACUGGCCAACAAUAACCUGCAGACGCUGCCUAGAGACAUCUUUCGGCCCCUGGACAUCCUGAGUGACUUGGACCUGCGGGGCAACUCGCUCAACUGUGACUGCAAGGUGAAGUGGCUGGUGGAGUGGCUGGCACACACCAACACCACGGUGGCGCCCAUCUACUGCGCCAGCCCGCCCCGCUUCCAAGAGCACAAGGUGCAGGAUCUGCCGCUGCGGGAGUUCGACUGCAUCACCACAGAUUUCGUGCUGUACCAGACCCUGUCCUUCCCAGCGGUGUCGGCCGAGCCCUUCCUUUACUCCAGUGACCUCUAUUUGGCUUUGGCCCAGCCAGGAGCCAGCGCUUGCACCAUCCUCAAGUGGGACUAUGUUGAAAGGCAGCUUCGAGACUAUGAUAGAAUCCCAGCCCCCUCUGCAGUGCACUGCAAGCCGAUGGUGGUGGACAGCCAGCUGUAUGUGGUGGUGGCCCAGUUGUUUGGUGGCUCUUACAUUUACCACUGGGACCCCAACACCACGCGCUUCACCAAGCUGCAGGACAUCGACCCUCAGCGCGUGCGCAAGCCCAAUGACCUCGAGGCCUUCCGCAUCGAUGGCGACUGGUACUUUGCCGUGGCUGACAGCUCCAAGGCGGGGGCCACCAGCCUCUACCGCUGGCACCAGAACGGCUUCUACUCCCAGCAGGCCCUGCAUGCCUGGCACCGUGACACUGACCUGGAAUUUAUAGACGGUGAGGGCAAGCCACGCCUGAUCGUGUCCAGCAGCUCCCAGGCCCCCAUCAUCUAUCAGUGGAGUCGCACCCAGAAGCAGUUUGUGGCCCAGGGCGAGGUGACCCAGGUGCCUGAUGCCCAGGCUGUGAAACACUUCCGCGCAGGUCGCGACAGCUACCUGUGUCUCAGCCGCUACAUCGGCGACUCCAAGAUCCUGCGCUGGGAGGGCACCCGCUUCUCCGAGGUGCAGGCGCUGCCCUCCAGGGGCUCGCUGGCCCUGCAGCCCUUCCUGGUGGGUGGCCGCCGCUACCUGGCCCUGGGCAGCGACUUCUCCUUCACACAGAUCUACCAGUGGGAUGAGGGGCGGCAGAAGUUUGUGCGGUUCCAGGAGCUGGCGGUGCAGGCCCCUCGGGCCUUCUGCUACGUGCCUGCUGGGGACGCCCAGCUGCUCCUGGCCCCCAGCUUCAAGGGACAGACACUUGUGUACCGACACGUGGUGGUGGAUCUCAGUGCCUAGAGGGGGUCCGAGGCCUCUGGGUUCCUCGGAGCACUGGAGGCUGGGUGGAGCCUCCGGGGGAGCAGCGUGUUUGCCUGUGUGAAGACACAUGUAGCCAACCUGCAUACAUGCCCUCACGUACACAUCCCCCCGGCCAGCAUGGACCGUACUGUGGACUCUAGCCCAGGGAUGCCACUUAAUUUUCACUGUAAUCAGCAUGAAGUCUUGUAUACGCACCAGACCACCCAGCCCCUGGUGCCCUCCCAUAUGUGGACGCCGGUUCACCCCACACCACCUCCCUUGCUCUGCUGCCUUCCACAUGCUCUGGCCCAGGGAGGGGUCCUGGGAGGGCUGGAGGCUGAACCGCUCCCUCCUGUUCUUCAGCUUAUCCUUCUGACCCUCUGGUCUUUCCUGUUGGUGCUCCAGGUGUCUGUUUACCUGCUUAUGCUCUGCAUUGCAGCCCAUGGCCACAUCCUUCAUACUGCCGGGUGCACUCACCCACGCUCCCCGCCUUCUGCACGCACACGUGGACAUGGACAACCUCCCUCAGUUACACGCACACACACCUGUCUACACUCCCAUCUCCAUGGGCACACAUGCAGAUUCAGCGCUGGGUCCCCUCCAUGACCUUGCCUCUCUUCCUGAAGGGGCACAGAGUACCUGUCCUCCUCUGCUCACCCCUGGUGUGGCCAGCCUGCAGCGGAAAACAAUUGGAAUGGUGGUGCCAACCUCUGGACACCAGCUUGACCUCCUGGGGGCAAAGCCCCUCUGCCCGAAGCAAUAACAACAGCUCCAGCAGACCCUGCCUUCUUCCCAGCGCUGUCUCAGUGCUCACUGGAGUUUCCUUCUCUGACCCUGAAUCCAGCUCACUGGUGAACAGGAGACCACCCAGAUGAAAGCCUUUCUGCUUUUCUUUCCUGUAGCCGCCCCAGCCCCAGACCACACCAAUGGGUUCAGCCCCACCAUUGGGAUAUGGACCCUGCGCUGUGUUAGCUCCUUUGGGUGUGUCCAAGGGCUGGCCAAGCCGGGGUCGCUGCAAGCACCUGAGGCAUCUGGGCAGGUGCCAGGAGUGGAGCUGGGCUGAAGAGCAUCCUGGGGGCCCUGGUGCCCCUCCAAACCACAGAGGCACACCCCAGGAGCACUGCCUUUCAGUGCAAGCUGACUGCCGCAGCUGGGAGGGAGGGAGGGUCCUGUGGGAGCGGCACCUGGCAGCCAAGCUUCUGCUGCCCUCUGCUGUACGCUGGGAACAGAGGGCUCUGAGAUGUUAGGCUGGUAGGGAAGGCACAGGGCAGGGAGUCUCUUCCGUGUGCCCAGACUGUGUGGGGACCUCCAGGUAGGAGGAUGCCCAGGGGCACUUGGGGACAAUGCUCUGAUUCACUUGCUUCAAAUAAAAAGUUUCCACCCCAUUGACGGCUCUCAGGUAUCCAAUGGUGAUGGUGAGCGGCACCUGUUUCCUUAAGAACAGAGCUGUGUUGUCUGUCCCUGCUGCUUGCAGGGGGCCAGCGUCAGUUUCAGACCCCCUUCCUCCCUGCUCCCCUCCCUCUGAGGAGUGAGUAGGCACCCCAGAGUCAGCCGGUGCUGGGGUCAGAAGUUCAUGGUGAUGACGCUCAGGUGCUGGGUGAGUGUGACUCGUCUCUGUCACCUGGGGCUGACUCACGGCCAAGUGUUCCUUCUUGGAGAUCACAGUCUUGGGGCCCGCUGAGACUGGAGGCUGUCCCUCGGUCAGGUCAAAUCCAACCAACAGGGCCAAGGACAAGCUCAGCAGUCCGUCUCCUCUCCACCCCCCUCUGCUGGACAAAUAUGUGUCAUCGCUGCCACCCUCGGCCCUAGGUGUGAGAUUUCCAGCAAGUGGACUGAUUUCUCCAAGCUGAGCUUCUCCUUCUGUAAAGUAAAUAAUAAAACCUACUUUGUCCGAUCCUGAUUCUGCCACUUACUAGCUUGGAGGUCUCAACCAUAUUCCUUCGCCUAUUUGUAUCUCAGUUUCCUCAUCUGGAAAAUGUGGAUAAUCGUGCUACCUAUGUGAGAGGGUUAAAAUGAGAUUUGAAUGCAUUAGAUUUAUAAUGUGUUAAUAUAUGUAAGGCUUAGAAUCAUGUGUCUGGCACAGAACUAAGAUUUUUUUUUUUUUUUUUUGAUUGUAGGACUCUAGGAGAUACCCAGGUGGCUCAGAGAAGGCUGCUUUGUGGGCGAGGAGAAGGUUGAUCUUUGGGGAGACCUUCUGUCUGUGGAUUAGGGUUCCUGACCUAUCUUCAGUCUCAGAGCCCCUGUACCCUACAUCUUACCUUUAGCCUCAGAUGCCCACGCCUCACAAUAGGGAAUCUCAUAGGUGAUGUGUUUGGGUUUCCACCUCCUAAAACCACAGUCACGUGCUCUUGACUUAGCAGGUGUCUCUUGGGACCCCCCCAGCCACACUGUCCUGGGAAUGCCUUCCUGCUUUCUCAAAUGGGGAAUGGGCCCUCACGCUGUGCCAGGGAGAGGUUGCCAGGGAAAGAGGGUUGAGUCUCCCAGACAUGCUGGCACUCUGUUGCCCGGUAGAAAGAUAAACAUCACUGUGAUUGUCACUUCCCCCAGGGCACCCGCCAGGGUUGGGAGACUUCUCCCCCUGAAUGCCCAGCUUUCUGCACGUGGGGAAUGGAGCCCACCGUAUGCCUGCCUGGUCACCUGCCAGAGGUGGGUCAUCAUAUGUCCAGAGAGCUGCUUAGCAACUCAGUGUAACCGGGUGACUGUGUCAACAGCUCAGGACCAAUGGGCGUGACAGGCAGAGUCCACUCACUGCCAAAGCCCAGGAGGGUGACCCCCUCAGCUGUCAGCCUCACGCCCCUCCGUGCUCUCAGUAGCAGACCUCUCACAUCUUGUCCCUUAGAUUUUUCCAAGCACAGUCAUCGGGACCAAGAGUCUCCAUGUGAGAGACAUUCCCGGCUGGGUUGGCUUAGGGUGGGCACAGGGGAGCUCCUCUCCAGCGAAUGGGGGUAAAGUGAGGCCUGUGAUGCUGAGGUCAGGUGACUCUGGAAGGCAGCGAAGGUGGGGGAGGGGAGGCAGUUCUGCAGCAGGUACCAAGGGCCCGAGGCUCACAUGCACACAGUCAGCCCAGGUACCCUAACUUCUGGAGGAAUGGAUGUCCAUUCCCUUUUCUGUACCCCCUGCUCCUCCUGAGCUGUCCAGAGGGUCAGUCAUAUCCUUUUGCUCCAAGGAGACAAGGAUACUUUUCACCUUCAUUACAAUGUCUGUGUCCAGAGAUGGAUGGUGACCGCGACCUUCCUGAGGGGAUCCUAGCCCUGGGUGGUUCUUGUUCCUCCAAACUAGGGUGGGAGCUAGGGCCAAUGUGAGGAGGUGAUUAGGCGGGGGGAGGGAGGCAUCAGGGCCUUGGGGGAGUUUCUCCUGUGGGCCAGGUUCACUGCAAGCUCUCCCACUCAGCAACACCAAUAAAACUGAUGAUGAUAAUUAUGACUAUAUAAUCACUGAGUGUUUAUUUAUUCCCAAGAAGCCUCCUUUCCCUCCAUCAUUAGCUAUUCCAUCCUUUUGAUAGAUGGUGAGUGUUAACUGUAGCUCUAAUAAAAAGUAAUAACUGCCCAAGUUUUCCACCCCCACGCUCUGGGCAGCUCUGCUGUCACCCUCACCUCAGCCCUACGAGGCAGAAGGGAAGCUGUGCGGGGUGCGGGGGGGGAUGAUGCGCUCCCCAUUUUCAGAGGGAGGAAUGAGGCACCUAGCAGAAGAGGUACAAAGAAUGCAGCCCCACGUGGAAAGUUGUAGAAGCAGCAACGUUUGCCUUCUCUUUUUUUUUUUUAAUUACUUUUUAUUGGAGUAUAGCUGAUUUACAAUAUUGUAAGCCUUUUCUUUUGAGCCUCUCACCUUCUUCCAGAUACACACCUUCCUCCUAGAGGAGCUUUUCCAUUCCCUGUCCCCUCCCAGGGCUGCCCUCAGAAGACUGAUUAAUCUAAGCAUUUUUUUUUUUUUUUUUUUUUGU